AUGGCUAAGGCCACUACCUCCCAGCAGCCAUGUUUCUUCCCACCACUUGUCUCGCAGUUUGGGCAGCAAUCAGCCCGACCUGAAAUGCCAGAGCUACGAAAGUCUGUCACUGUACCACUGAAGGGUCUGGAUGCGCAGCUGCUAACUUGUUGGCUUCAUUCGGAAAAUGUCGAUCUUUUAUCUCUGCUGAGAACGGCCUGGGCAGUGGUACUGCGAGCCUAUACCUCUGGAAAUCACAUUUGCUUCGGUCUGGUGGAUUUUGAAGAGGAAAAAGGACCUGCGAGUGACUGGCCAGACUUAAGAGAACACAUCAAGGUCUACGAAUCUACCAUCACUAGCUUGACAUCAAUCCAGCGGCUUCUCCACCAUGGGGAGCACUCAAACGCGCUUGAGAGCUAUGGGUUCAUCACGGCUGAUGAUUCUCUGCCCGCUCAUAGCUGGCCCUUUAAUUCUAUUGUCUAUAUUGAUUGCAACAAUCUUCGAAAGGGAGCUGGGUCGAUGUGCAUAUCACUGACUAGUAUGUGCAGAGAGGGAUUGAACGAAUUUCAAAUUAUCGUCCGCCUCUGUCGCGAUGAAUCGACCGGUUUACUUUCAAGCGUUAUCGACUAUACGACCACGGUCCUCUCGCACGAGCAAGCCCUGGCUGUGGCAGAAACGCUGAACCAAACCAUAUCAGAAAUUGUUCAGCACACAGAUCAAACAGUGGCAACCCUUGAUAUCUGCACCGAGUCUGACAUCAAACGCAUGGUCCAAUGGAAUCAAGCCCCUCUGAGCAUGCCUCGCCUGGAACAGUGUGCAUUCCAGCUGAUUUCCCGACGGUGCGUAGAGCAGCCCGACGCAACAGCAGUUUCGGCAUGGGACGGUGAACUGACCUAUUGGGAGCUCCACCAGCGCUCCUCCACUCUCGCUGCUCAAUUAGCCGGUCUUGGAGUGGGUUCUGGAGUUUUUGUGCCUCUCUUUUUCGAGAAAUCCAAAUGGGCGGUGGUAGCGCUUCUUGGAGUGAUCAAGGCCGGGGGUGCUUUUAUUCUGAUGGAUAUAUCCUACCCACUCAAACGCAUUCGCGCCAUCUGCCAGUCAGUGUCGGCCAAGGUGGCAGUUGUUUCCCCAAAGCAGCAAUUACUGGCACGGGAGAUCGUACCUCUGGUGGUGGCAUUUGGGGAUGGCUGUGCGGAAGGCCCCCAUCUUUCUGCUUCUGCCAAUCUACCACCACCACAAGGUUGCAGUCCUGAAAGUCCACUCUACGUGGUUUUCACAUCUGGGAGUACAGGCGAUCCUAAGGGUGUGAUUAUAAACAACGUCUCCUUUUGCUCAUUGUAUGAGACGGUUUCCCGCACUUUCUCAUUUAACCCUUCCACUCGUCUUCUGCAGUUUGCUUCACAUGCCUUCACUUUAUGCAGCCGAGAGAUGUUGCUGAUUCUGAUAGCUGGCGGUUGUUUAUGUAUUCCAUCCGAGGGGGAUCGUGUAAACGAUCUUGCAGGGUUUAUGUGUCGCCAUCGCGUUAGCUUUGCCAUCCUAACUCCAUCUGUGGCAGGUACUCUUUCUCCUUCCUCAGUUCCAUCACUCCAGAGGUUGGUGCUGGGAGGUGAGGCCGUGAAGCCAGCUCAUAUUGCUACAUGGGCUGGUAAGGUCCACCUGAUGACUGGGUACGCGGCCAGUGAAAUCGCAGGCACAGCCAUUGUGGGGUCUAAUGUUCAACAAGAUAGCGAUCCCCGUAAUGUGGGCUUCGCCUGUGGUGCGGGCCUCUGGGUGGUGGAUGCUGACAACCCUGAGCAACUUGCGCCAGUGGGGGCAGUAGGAGAACUUAUAUUGCAGAGUCAUGGGCUCGCAGGUGGCUAUUUAAACGGCAAUACACUAGUGAAUCAGCCGUUCUUUCACGAUGCACAAUGGCAGAAAAGACUGCCCUCGGAGGCCCGGACCACACGUCUAUACCGGACUGGUGAUAUGUUCCGGUACAACAUCGAUGGGUCUUUACACUAUGUGGGGAGAAAAGACAACCAGGUCAAGGUAAACGGCCAGCGCAUAGAGCUAGGGGAUAUUGAAUCGCACAUCGCGACCUCUUGCGCAACCGUCCAUAGUUCAGUCGUCCUCCUACUCCAACCGGAUCAGCAGGCUACGAGAUCAUUUCUGAUCGCCUUCAUCUGUCCUACGAAAGCCGCACGCUGGGGCGCCACCAGCGAUAGCCCGCUGGCAAUUGUCGAAACCCCAAGUAGUCAGUUUUAUCUCGAUAUUGAAGAGAUUAUCCACGAGCUGCAGCGGUCUCUGCCGUCAUACAUGAUACCAUCGAUCUUUGUCCCGCUUUUGUCUAUUCCCCUAACCCUGACAGGAAAGGAGAACCGUCGCCUCUUACUGGAAACGGUGGCAACAUGGCCCGAGGACAGAUUUGCUACGUAUCGGUGUAGGAGCCAAGCUUCGUCUAUGGAUAAGGCCCCUGCCACUGAACGAGAUGACCAGAUUCGUCACCUAGUUGCUAACACCCUGAAGAAAGAGGCGGAGGCCAUUUCGAUGGGAAGCAGCUUCCUAGCCCUUGGCGGAGACUCUAUUUCCGCCAUGCGCCUCGUAGCAUUAGCGAAGCAAGAGGGGCUAUGUCUCACAGUUGGCGAUAUUUUUAAUUACCCCAUAUUGUCAGACCUGGCAACAGUUGUGCGAAAGGGUACCAGAGAGCAGCCGCAGCCAAAGCAAUAUAGUUUCAAAGGGCUCAACGCUUACGGUGGGCUUCUCCGAAGAUUGCCCGCCGAGAUAGCUAAUAAUAUUCAUGAAAUCAUUCCCGCAACUGCGUAUCAAAGGAUGACCCUAACUGAACUACGCCCAAGAUAUUUGCGCAUUGCCCUGCCUAGCAAUGUAAACCGGGACAGGCUUCUGAGCUCAUGCCAGCAGCUACUAGACAGACACACUGUCCUACGCACCAUUUUCGAAACCGAUGGUGAAACCAACGCCUCUCAGGGCGAGGUAGUCCAAGUCAUACUCCGCCCGUACAAAUUGAGAUUUAUUGAACAUCAUGAUAUUGAUGACUUGGAUAAACAUUGCCUAAACGAGACACUCAUGAGCCCUUCCCCGACAGGGGGAGGAUUGCAAUUCCAGGCUCAACUGCUCACCAUGCGGGAUUCCCGCCUGUUCCUUGUGCUUCGCUUCAUCCAUGCCCAGUAUGAUGGAAUAUCCCUCCCGGUUAUCAGUGAAGAUAUCUCUGCCGCUUAUAAUGGUCUUGUUCCCUCCCCAACUGCGCCAUUUUCCAAGCAUGUUGAAGCUGUAUGGGCUAGUCGCAAUGAUGAAGGUCUUGAAGCAUGGAGGACCAUGCUCAGAGGGUCAGAAAUGACCAUUCUGAAGCCGAAGCAGAUGGCCACCAAGAAUGUGGAGAAGGCCAUACACGACGCACGCGCAGUGAAGGUAAUAAAACGGAUACCAGUAGUUUCACCUCCAGAGAAUAUCACGAUGGCGUCCUUAGUGAAAGCCGCUUGGGCACUGACAUUUGCCAAAUUUGUCUCCGUGAGAGACACCACAACCUCGUUUGCUGAGGCCCCCCUUAAAGACAUUGUGUUUGGCCAGGUUGUCCAUGGGCGAGGUCUAGGCGUUGCCCAUGAGAGCCGUAUCCUCGGGCCAUGUGUGAAUACCGUUCCCGUGCGUGUUAACCUCUCCAGGUAUACCAGCAACCAUGACUUGCUGAGCCACGUUCAACAGCAACACCUCGCCAUGAUGCCAUUCGAAAACAUCGGUCUGGAUGCUAUCAUCCGAAACUGUACGGAUUGGACGCCGGGAACUAAAUUUGGUAGCGUACUGCGGUUCCAGAAUUUUGACGCGAACCUCUCAUGUGUUUUUGAUGGAGUUACCUAUGACGCUUCUGUUUACCAUCUUCCCAACCGGCCAUCAGAGAAGAUUCAUGUAAUUAUCAUGCCUUCUGCAGAUGGCAUGCAAGUCAUCAUGAAUGGGUAUGAUCAUGUUGUCGGUCAGAACGAGGCAGAGGACCUGGUAGAUUGCUUCUGCACCGCCAUUCAUGAUCUCGCUAGGACACCUACCGAGUGA